CCACCUCUGCCUUGUCGGCUGUGCGUCCCAUGCGAUCGAGGGCUUCACCUGAGAGCAGACGCUACCUGCCAUCCUGUAGGGGGGCUGCGGGUGCCAGAUCACUUCCACGCCAACCUCAACUCAUCCCGCUGGAGUAAGGAGAGAAAGAAGCCAGCGUGGAGAUAUGAACGACUCUCUGCCGGCGAAUGACUCCUCGGCUGCGGACGCUCUGCCGUGGAUGGAGGCGGACUCGCCGGGGCUCAACGGCACCCUGGAGUUCUCCACCGCCCCCUUCAUGUUCCCGGUCAACCCGUGGGACAUCAUGCUGUGCAUGUCGGGCACGGUCAUCGCCUGCGAGAACGCCAUCGUGGUGGCCAUCAUCUUCUACACGCCCACGCUUAGGACUCCCAUGUUUGUGCUCAUCGGGAGCCUGGCCACGGCCGACCUGCUGGCCGGCGUGGGAUUAAUCCUCAACUUCGUCUUUCAGUACGUGAUCUCGUCCCAGACUGUGAGUCUUGUGACUGUGGGCUUCCUGGUGGCGUCUUUCACGGCGUCCAUCAUCAGCCUCUUGGCCAUCACCAUCGACCGCUACUUCUCCCUCUACAACGCCCUCACCUACUUCUCAGAGAAGACCCUUCAGUACGUGCACCUGAUGCUGGUGGGCACCUGGGGGGUGUCCCUGUUCCUGGGCCUGCUGCCGGUCCUGGGCUGGAACUGCCUGGACGAGCCGGCCUCUUGCAGCAUCGUGCGACCUUUGACCCGCAGCAACUUGACUCUGCUGGCCGUGUCCUUCUUCGUCAUCUUCAUGCUCAUGCUGACUCUCUACUUCAAGAUCUGCAAGAUCGUGUGCCGCCACGCCCACCAGAUCGCACUGCAGCAGCACUUCUUCGCCACCUCGCACUACGUGGCCACCAAGAAGGGCGUGUCCACAUUGGCCAUCAUUUUGGGGACGUUCGGCGCCAGUUGGCUGCCCUUCGCCAUCUACUGCUUGGUGGGCGAGCGGGAGUACCCGUCAGUGUACACUUACGCCACGCUGCUGCCGGCUACCUACAACUCUAUGAUCAACCCCAUUAUCUACGCUUACAGAAACACAGAAAUCCAGCGCUCCAUCUACAUACUCCUCUGUGGCUGCUUCCGGCCCAACGCCGCCUACCGCUCCAGGUCGCCCAGUGAGGUCUGAGCCCACUGGUGCUCCUGUAGGGGGCGCAGAACAAAGUAUCACUUGACCACGGACUCUCUGAAGACUUCACCAACACAAGCGCUGUCUCAUGUAUUCGGUGCUACCACUUUACAACAAGGCUAGGGCUUAAUACAUUGCCUAGUCAUUAGCUUUACCACAUUAGGUCGUAUUGUUACGAGAAAAAAAUGUGUAACAUUAGUAUGUAAAUGAAUUGACGUACUUCAAGGAUAAGGUUUUUAUUGUAAGAAGAACACAGCGGCCAGGUUAAUUUGGAACGUUACGACUACCUACCGUGAAAUGUACCGCAAUUUACUCGUAAUGUUACGAAAAAGUCGUGGGGUUGUAAUGUUAUGAGGUCAGAGUUGUUGUGGUAUGAAAAAAAAGUUGCAAUUUUACAACUUUGAAGUCAUAACGUUCCGAGUAAAUACUUGUAAUUAUGCGAGAAAAGUCACGACUUAAGUUGAAAUGUUACGAGGAAAAAGUAUCCUAGUCAUUAGCUUCACCACUUUAAGUCGUAUUGUUGCGAGAAAAAAUGUGUAGCAUUAUUACGUAAAUUAAUUGACGUACUUCAAAGAUAAGGUUUUUAUUGUAAGAAGAACACAGUGGCUAGGUUCAUUUGGAACGUCACGACGACAUAUCGUGAAAUGUACCGCAAUUUACUCGUAAUGUUACGAAAAAGUCGUGGAGUUGUAAUGUUAUAAGGUCAGAGUUGCGGUACGAAAAAAAGUUGCAAUUUUACAACUUUGAAGUCAUGAUGUUCCAAGGAAAUACUUGUAAUCAUGCGAGAAAAGUCACGACUUAAGUUGAAAUGUUACAAGGAAAAAGUCUCCUAGUCAUUAGCUUUACCACUUUAAGUCGUAUUGUUGCGAGACAAAAUGUGUAGCAUUAUUACGUAAAUGAAUUGACGUACUUCAAGGAUAAGGCUUUUAUUGUAAGAAGAACACAGUGGUCAGGUUAAUUUGGAACGUUACGACGACAUAUCGUGAAAUGUACCGCAGUUUACUCGUAAUGUUACAAAAAAAUUGUGGAGUUGUAAUGUUAUGAUGUCAGAGUUGUUGUGGUACGAAAAAAAAGUUGCAAUGUUACGCCUUUGAAGUCAUAACAUUCUGAGUAAAUAGUGUUACGAGGGAAAAGUCGCAACGUUACGUUACAAGAUAAAGUCAUCAUGCUGCCAAAAAGAAGUCAGAGGCCGUAAUGGUAUGACUUUUAAGAUAUUUUGCAAUUUACGCAAAGAAUCUACAACAUUACGAAAAAAGUUGCACCACUUGAGAUUGAUUUGUUAUCUUGGGUUAGAAAAAUUGUGAUGUAACGAGAUUUAAGUCGUAACAUUACCAGAUUCGGGUUAUAAUGUCACGAGUAGCUACGAGACAAGUCGUAACGUGGCAAGAUUAAUAAGUCAUGCUAUGACACCCGAGUCAUAAUAUUACAGGGCUGAAAUUGUAACGUUGAAGUUUCAUCUUGCACAACAUUGCAACUUUUUUCUUGGAAAAAAAACUAGAAAAUGUUAACAUUUCAACUAUUUUAUUGUGUUCCUCCUUAGUACCUGUUCAGGAGCAAUAGAACACAUUUUUUUUCUCUCACAUUACGACUUAAAAAUGUUUUGUUUGUUCUUUUAAAAAGAAUUGUGGAAGUUUCACAAUUAAAAACAAAAUCUUCAUUAUGACUUUUUUUUUCUCCUCACUUUAUUCUCCCCCAUGUGUAUUGCUAAAACCAAAUGUAUGAUUUACAAAAACAUAUUCCUUGGCUGUAAAGUGGUGCCCAUCCAGUAUCUGCACUUUAACAUUUGUCAACAAACUGAAGAGAGAAACGCUGUGAACAAGAAAAGUCUGUGAAAAAAAACCAAACACCUGUGAAUGUACCUAAAAGACAAACGGAAUGGAAAACCUGCACUUUAUUCAAUGUUUAGUGUGUUUGUUUCUAUUUGGGAAUGCCAAAGCAGUAUUGUCUAGUCCAGUCCCUAUUGUAUUGUGAACUGUGUGCCAUUUUUUAAAUUUAUUUUGUAUUUGUUUUUGUCUUUGCUGUGUAUUUUC